AUGGAUGUCCCCGCACUACCGCUGUCUAUUCUGCUACCGCUUGGCGGUCUGGUACUCUUCCUCGCUGUUGUCCUUCUUCCAACAGUUCUGGGAAAGCGGAAAUAUCCACUACCACCUGGUCCUCCAGGAGAGUUUAUAUUGGGCCACUACCGAAAAAUUCCUUUUGUGGCCCCUUUCAAACAAUAUGCGCAAUGGGGGAAGGAAUACAAAUCCGACGUGCUUUACUUCGAAACCUUCGGCACGAAAUGGAUUGUGUUGAACAGUCUAAAGUCGGCCGUUGACUUGCUUGACAAACGCGGGUCCAACUAUAGCGAUCGGCCUAGAUUCAUUCUUUUCGAAGAAAUGGGCUGGGCACCUACUCUGACAUGGUUACGAUGGGGACCUAAAAUGCAGCAACACCGAAAAAUACUACAGCCGGCAUUUAGCAAAGCGCAGGUGCGCCAGUAUCAGGAUAAUCAGCAACGUCAGGCUUUAAUCUGUCUACGAAAUAUGAUGGACGCCCAAUCAAACUACAUGAGCGCGAUUCGUAGAUUUGCCGUCGCUGUUGUGUUGAACAUUAGUUAUGGCAUUGACGUCGAGUCACCGGAUAGUCCAUGGAUUAAGAUCGCAGACAAUGUUGCUGAAGCCAUUAGCAAUUCUGGUGCCCCAGCAAGCAGUAUUAUUGAUCGUUUCCCUGCGACUCGUCAUCUUCCCACCUGGCUUCCAUUUAUGGAGCGUCUCCGCUACGCUCGUAAAUGGCGAUGGGCAAUUGAAGCCAUCACCAAUACCCCCUUUACUGUUGCUCAAAAAGAGGUGGGCGAGAAAAUUGACCGUAACUGCUUUUCACAUGACCGCCUUACCAUUUACAAUGCCAACGCUGAAAAGGGAAAACCCAACGAGUUCACUCUGGAUGAUAUACGCGGUGCAUCCGCUGCCAUUUAUAUUGCAGGAAAUGAUACAACUGCCACAACGGUUCAGUUAUUCGUUCUCUAUCUUAUGCAAAACCCCGACGCGCAAGCAAAGGCGCAAGCCGAGCUGGAUCGCGUUGUUGGUUCAGACCGUCUACCAACUUGGGACGACAUACCGAAUUUACCUUACCUAAAUCUUGUUCUUCAGGAAACUUAUCGCAUGAAUCCACUUUCUCCCUUGGGAAUCCCUCAUGCAUCUGUCAGCGACGAUGUGUAUGAGGGAAUGUUCAUCCCAAAGGGAACUAUUGUUUACCCGAACGUCUGGGGCAUGCAUCACGAUGAAUCGUUUUACGCAGAUCCAUUCAAAUUCUGGCCCGAAAGGUAUUUGCCUAAAGAUCAAGGUGGUAAUGGAGAGCCAUAUCCAGUGGGUAACUUUGGGUUCGGUCGCCGUGUCUGUAUUGGGCGGGCAUUGGCUGAAAACAGUCUGAUGAUUGUGCUGGCUAAUAUGGCUGCCACCAUGGAUAUCCGCUAUCCAAUUGGAUCGAAUGGUGAGAGAACACCAUUUGAACCUGAGUGGUCGUAUAUAGGACAAGCGUGA